AUGGUGGAAAAACUUAUUGAUAUUAUGCAUCAUAACUUUAAUAGACCUAAAGUACUCGAUAUCACAAUCAUCAAAGAACAACAUAAUUGUAUUAUUGUCAAAAAAUUCUAUUUCUUAGAUUUUGGCUUACAUAUAACAAAGAAGAUGAAUUACUUCAAAAAUUCAGUAAUAAUCAAUCAUAAUUCCCUCAACUAACAUAAUCAUUUGAUGCAAUCUAUCACUUUUGCUCAUAAAGACAGUAUGAUACCUAGAAAUACAUUGUAAAGAAAAAAUAGAGAGUAGAUGAAAAUAUACUUGAAAUUGUAAAUAAGGUUACUUAUAUUUAAUGUUCGCACUAAAUAUCAAAGGAUUUAUGGCAAAGUUUCAUAUCAAAAUUAUUUAUUAACUGUUAUUAAAAGUAAGCACCUAAUGCCCAAUAUAAAGCUUAAAAGCAAUUUAGUUCCAAAUUCUAAACUCCAUAAUAAUCCCUUAAAAAAUAAUAUAAAAUCAGCAAAUUCAGAAAAGGUUUUAAGCAUAAUCAUAAGCAACUAUCCUAGAAGUAAUCAAAAACUAAUUUGAAUGAAGAAAAAUAUCUGAAUUUCAUAAUUAGUUUAUAUAUAUAAUUAUUUAAUUGUGAAAUAGAUGGAAUUAGUAAAGAGAGGAUUUUAAGUUUUGAAGUAGAUUCACAGCAAAUUAAUUCAUAAAUAUUAUCAACAUCUAUACAGAAAGAGAAAAUUAAGAACAUUCUUGAUGGGAGUAGGUAGAUAUAAAAGAUUAUAAAAUUAUCAGGGUCAUUGUAUUUAUUGAGAAGAUUGUCACAAUUUGUAAUGUUAUUGACACCUUCAAUUAGAAGAAAUCUGCUUUAUAGAUAUGGAGAAGAAUCUUGGGCUGUAGUUACAGGAGGAUCAGAUGGGAUUGGUAAAGAAUUUUGUAUUUAAUUGGCAAAAUAGAAAUUCAAUAUUGCCAUAAUAGGUAGAAAUGCCAAUAAGAUGGAUUAAGUUUGUUUAGAAUUAUAAGGUUUUGGAGUUCAAACUAAAUUUAUUGUAGCUGA